AUGCGCUGCGGGGCGGCGGCGGGCGCCUGCCGGAGGGGCUGCCGGCGCCUGUUUUCCGCCUUGGGGGGCCGAGUCCGUGGAGGGCCGCCGGCGCGGCUGACGUCAGCGAGCGGCGCCCGCGGAGCGCCGCCGGCGGGGAGCGCGCCGGGAGCGGCCCCCGAGCGCGGGGACGGCGGCGCGGCGCUGCUGGAGCUCUGCCGGCGCCGGCACUUCCUCGGCGGCGCGGGGCCGCCGCCCGGCCGGGACGCGCUCCUGCGCGGGCGCCACCCCGGCCUCGGGCCCCUGGGCGCCGAGCUGCGGCAGAACCUGGCGGCGGAGUGGUGGGCGGCGCUGGCGGCGCUGCGGGAGCAGCAGGUGCUGCGCGUGGACGCCCCGCUCCACCCGCCGGGCCCCGCGCGGCCGCGGGCCGGGGCCGCCAGGUCAGUCUCCGCGGAGGCGCUGCGCGAGGCCCUGCAGGACGGAGACCUGAGUAAGGACCAGCUAGUAGCGCGCCUUGAGAACGUGCUCAGAACUUCUGGGGAGCUGCGGGAGAACCUUCUUCACGGUGCCUUGUCCCACUAUGUUAAUUGUCUGGAUCUGGUAAACAAGAAGUUACCUUUUGGCCUUGCUCAGAUUGGGGUGUGUUUUCAUCCUGUUUCUGAAACGAAACAAACACCUGAUGGUGUUAAAAGACUCGGUGAGAAGACUGAAGCUUCACUGGUAUGGUUUACUUCAGCAAGAACUGCAAGCCAGUGGCUUGACUUCUGGUUACGUCAUCGACUCCUGUGGUGGAGAAAGUUUGCAGUGAGUCCAUCCAACUUCAGCAGCAGCGAUUGUCAGGAUGAAGAGGGACGAAAAGGAAACAAACUUUACUACAAUUUCCCUUGGGGAAAGGAGCCAAUAGAAACCCUCUGGAAUCUAGGAGAUCAUGAACUUUUACACAUGUAUCCUGGAAACGGGUCUAAGUUACACGGUCGAGAUGGACGAAAAAAUGUGGUUCCUUCUGUUUUGUCUGUAACUGGAGAUCUAGACCGAGGCAUGCUGGCUUACCUGUAUGAUUCUUUCCAGCUAACGGAGAACUCCUUCACGAGAAAGAAAAAUCUUCAUAGAAAGGUACUUAAACUUCAUCCUUGCUUGGCUCCUAUUAAAGUUGCUCUGGAUAUGGGAAGAGGCCCAGCAAUGGAGCUGAGACAGGUUUGUCAAGGAUUAUUUAAUGAAUUGCUAGAAAGUGGAAUUUCUGUGUGGCCUGGUUAUUUGGAAACCAUGCAGUCCUCAAUGGAACAGCUUUAUUCAAAAUACGAUGAAAUGAGUAUCCUCUUCACUAUUUUGAUCACUGAAGCUACUUUAGAAAAUGGAUUAAUAAAUCUGAGAAGUAGAGAUACCACCAUGAAGGAAAUGAUGCAUAUCUCCAAAGUGAAAGACUUUCUAGCCAAGUACAUAUCAUCAGCCAAGAAUGUAUAGAUUCUAAUAUUUGUAUAAUAAAUAUUCUCCUUUUCUAA